CCUGAGCUUCCCGGGCUGUUCGGGCGUUUCUCGGUGGGGCGGAGUAGCCGCUGCAGAGGGAACCGAAGGGAAGGGUGGGUCUAGUGGCACCGUAGGCGCUGCUCAGCGGGAGGCACGAACAACUUCCUGCGGCGUUUGCUGGGGAGUUACUUGCCGUGGGAAGUUUGAAAUCCAGAAGUGGGCUCUGGAGAGUGGCAAAUCAGAGGAGACCUCAGGUAGCAGACAGCUUGGGUCAUGGCCUCCGACCUGGACUUCUCACCUCCUGAGGUGCCUGAACCCACUUUCCUAGAGAACCUGCUGCGGUAUGGACUCUUCUUGGGGGCCAUCUUCCAGCUCAUCUGUGUGCUGGCUAUCAUCGUACCCAUUCCCAAGUCCUAUGAAGCGGAGACAGAACCAUCUGAACCCAGAACCGCAGAGGUGACAAGGAAGACCAAAGCUGCUGUUGCUUCUGCCAACAAGAGGCCCAAGAAGGAGACCAAGAAGAAGCGGUAGAAGUGGAGGCCUGAGGAGCCAGGCAGGCCUGGGGGCAGUCCUCUGGGAAUCAACAUCCUGUUUCCGCUAUCCUGGGCUCAGUGUCUAGAGGCCGUGACACCCUCUGACCACAGAGAUCUGACAGUCAUGACAGUCUCCAGGCUUCAGCUGGACAGAUAACACUUCCUCUUCCUGCUCCCAUGGUGGUUUUCAGUCCAGGGACUGAAAUGCCCUAUGAGCAGACACUGCCCUAGGGGGGUUGUUCAGAAGCCAGGUUAGCUCGCAGUUACUUAAUCACUGUGGCUAGCCAAUAGGCACCACCUUGUGGAUUCACACUACACUUUGGAGUCAUUAUCUAAUGCUGACAAGUACUUCCUCUUCCAUUGCUAUGUACCACAGAUGUGCUCAUUAGUCACUUUCAUUUCUCCUGUGUGGAUGGAGCCAGGCCUUACCUGUGUUAGGGCAGGACACUGUGGCCAUGUAAUUGAGCGGUCCACGAGCUGCAUCUGUCAGGCCUGAAAAACGCUCAUUGGCAGAAGGCCUGGGCCAGGGUCAUGCCUGCAUUUCCUCUAGCAGGUGGGAGGGAUCUGGCUGAAUGAGUGUAUAUUUGUUGGGCAUAAACUUUUUGAGCCUUUGAAGUAGCAAGCUUGUCAGCUUCAGACCAGCCUCCUGAGCGCAUUACAACACAUUCAUCAUGUGUUAUGCCUUUGACUUCUACCUGUACGUCCCCCCUGCCCCUCUGUUUUUCAUUCUCUAACCAGUAAAGAAAAGUUACUUGGGAAAAUAAAAGUCAAUAAAGUGCUUUGCAUGCGGAA